UUAUACUGACGUCACUAUGACUACAGCAAUGCACAAUCAUUGUGUGCGUUGUGUAAUCAGACAUCUAUCCUGUUAGGCUUCGUUAAAAACCAAGUGCACUCGGGAUUAAUGAUAUGUGAGGGAGAGACUGUGGACUGUAACAUACAGAGAACUCUACCCACCCUUCCCCUUUUAUGUCAGCCUGUUUCCGGAUGCAGAGGGGGGUGGAAGACCAAUGGUGCAGUGCUUUGCACUCGCCUUUAAAAUCACCAGUCACCAAGACAUCCAUCACAGACAGUUCCUCAGUGACGGACACAGCACAGACCUUACAGUUAUUUGAACAUCAAGGAAUAAUGUGGGUUCUUGAGAAGAUCAGGGAGAGCAUUGAGAGCAUUCCAUUAGAGUUGAGUCAUGUCAUUGGGAAGAGUGAGGAGGAUAUUUUUAUCUCUUCUAAGACCAGACUCUCUCAGAAUCUGCACAAUAACAUCCUUACUCCAGACAAGAUACCAGAGUUCUGCUUGCCCCCAAGGCUCUGCAGGAGAAGCCGGGAGGCAGAGACAACCGCACCUCACCAGCUCCGUCAGAACCAGGUACCAAAGAGCGGCACUUGCUCUGGAAUGACACGUGAAAAAACGAAGCAUGCAGUGAUAAGGAAUAGUGACGUAUCAGUGGCUUGGAAGGAUACAAAGAAACCUUUGCCAUUCUCUGCAGAGGGUUAUGGGCUGGCUGGGAUAUACGAGAGCCCAAAUACCCGCAGGAAAGAAUCUAUAUUCCAUUCAAAGUUCCCCAUUUACAUGCUUGACAGAAGCAUUGCUGCUGCAGCUCCUCGGCUCGCAAAGGUUAAAAAGGUGCAGAAGAAACCUAUGUCUGGGAUUUUCCCUCAGUUGUGCAAAAGCCUGUCAGAGACAGGAAGCACUGAAAGUGAAACAUCCAGUGACUCUUCACCCCUCAGUUCCCCUUACACUACUAAAUCCUCCUUCUAUGACCAGUCAGGCAGUGGUCGUCUGAAAGGAGCAACAUCAUGUCCUUUGUUAAUUGGCGGCAGGGAGGAAAUGGGGAGUUUGAGGAGAGAGGUUUUGAGUUUGCAAACCUUUCCCAGUAGCCCUCCCAGCUCACUUGCAAACUCACUCACUCUUGCCCCACCUGUCCUCUUCCCACUAGACGUUCUCCAGUGCCAGGAGAGACUUCAGCGCGAGCAUGUCGUCCCUUUGCUGGGUCGUGGUAAAGUUCGACUCUCUGCUGAGAGCACCACAUUUUCCACCAACACGCUCUUAUCCCUAUUCACAGUCAGAGUCCGUGUGGUGUCUGUGGAAGGCCUGUCGAGUGAUACGAACCAACAAACUCUGAACUGUGCAGUAAAUCUGUGUUUGACACCAGGGAAGCUGCAGCCACAGAAGAGUGCCACCAUCAGGAACUGCCACAGCCUUGUGUUUAAUGAAGAUUUCUACUUCACAGCACUGAGUCGGGAGGAUCUGCUGGAACUGCAGCUGAAAUUAAAAGUGGUGGAUAAACCUGCAGCUGGAACACUGAGGAGGGGGACAGUGAUUGGGGUGUUCACCAAACCGCUGUCUCAGUUACUUAAUCUUCAUAAAUGGGUCUAACUUAUAUUUAUUAGAAUGUGUGGAAAAAGGUUUGAACAGGAGACAUGAGAGGCACUGUGUUAAGACAGUAUGUGUAGCAAAAUAUGUUGUUGGUUUUCAUCAAUAUUUCAUUAUUUCAUCAAUCAUAUUUCAUAAAUCAUUUCUU